AUGGCGGAGGACCCGAAGCGGCGGCUGGCCUGGCCCUCCUACGGCCGGGGUCGAGCGGAGCGGAGCGGCCAGGAGGUGAAAGUGCUGGUCGAGGUCGCCGAUGCCACGGGCCCAGCGGAGUUGCCCAGCGAGCCGAUCGCCUGCGGCAUCGCGUACUUGGACCACAUGCUGGAUCAGCUGAACUCCCAUGGCCAACUCAGGGUCUCCGUGCAGGACGGGCUUUUGGAGAAGAACCAUGUGGAUGCUGCCCCUCUCUUCGAGUGGGUCAACUCUGAGUGUCCAAUUCUCCAGGGCGAGCUAUUCGACUGGGACGACCAGCGCCGCCAGACGCGCCGGUCUUACUACGACUUGAGGCUCGAUCCGAAGCAAGGCGGUGCCGGAGAGCCGAAUCGGGCCCUGCAUGACUUCAAGGCCUGCGAGCUGAAGAGCUUCGUGCGGAAGGUGCAUCGCAGUCCAGGGAUCUUGGAGGACUUGGUCCGGAAGAAGCGUGACGCCACGUGGGGGGAGGAGAAGCCAACGGCGACGGGCACCAGGGGCUUCUCUCGCAAACUCGGCACGUUGAUUCACAGGAGCUUUGACAGUUAA